UUCCAUGAGAAAGCAGAACAUAGGAAAUGGAGAUGGAAGAAGGAGAACAAGCAUCUCUCUGUCCCUCUUUUGCUUUUCUUUAUAACUUUGUCGCUCGGAUAAGUUUUCCCACAGAUUUUCUCGGAGUCCAGUCACUCUUGCUGCAAAGCUUUUAGAUCUGCUUCACGACUCAACUGCACGGUCCUUGCUUCGCUUCCUUAGCUGGAAGAAAAAAAUCUGACGUCCAGCAAAUGAAAGUAUGUGCUGUGUUUCAGAGCGGUUAAAAUUCAGUCUGUCCCCAACAUUAGCUUCUAUUUCCAUUGACGAAAGUAGACCCUCCAACAUAGACAUGAUGAACCACUUGACUGUUGAAACGGAAGAUGCUUUUGCUAGUUUGCUUGAACUUGCUGCUAACAAUGACAUUGAAGGCUUCAAAAGAUCGAUUGAGUGCGAUCCUUCUGGUAUUGAUGAGAUUGGUCUGUGGUACGGUCGUAAGAAGGGCUCAAAGCAGAUGGUUUAUGAGCAUAGAACACCUCUGAUGGUUGCUGCUACAUAUGGAAGCAUUGAUGUAAUGAAACUGAUCCUUUCUCUGUCUGAAGCUGAUAUAAAUCGAUCCUGUGGACUUGAUAAAAGUACUGCCCUUCACUGUGCUGCCUCAGGCGGGGCUGUAAAUGCUGUUGAUGCUGUGAAACUGCUUUUAGCAUCAGGAGCUGAUCCAAAUUUGAUAGAUGCCAAUGGCCACUGUCCAAUUGAUGUUAUUGUUGUUCCACCAAAGCUCCAAGAUGUCAAAUUGACUCUUGUAGAACUCCUUAAAACUGACGGCUCUAAUGUUGAGCACAAGCUGACAAUAGUGACAGGCACUUUGUGUUCGAGUUCGCCACCCCUUUCUUCAUCCCCUGAGAAUGGAUCCCCGUCCACUGCAGAUUUUACUUCUUCACCAACAAAGAUCAAUUUUGGUGAUCUCACUGUAUCUUCUGUAGAGAAGAAAGAAUACCCUGUUGACCCAUCUCUCCCUGAUAUCAAGAACAGCAUCUAUUCAACUGAUGAAUUCCGAAUGUAUUCAUUCAAGGUGCGGCCUUGUUCGCGUGCCUACUCUCAUGAUUGGACCGAGUGCCCGUUUGUUCAUCCAGGGGAAAAUGCUCGAAGGAGGGAUCCAAGGAAGUUCCACUACAGCUGCGUCCCUUGUCCUGAUUUCCGGAAGGGGGCUUGCAGGCGUGGGGAUAUGUGUGAAUAUGCUCAUGGUGUUUUCGAGUGUUGGCUGCACCCUGCUCAAUAUCGAACCCGGCUUUGCAAGGAUGGUACCAAUUGUGCAAGGAGAGUCUGCUUUUUUGCCCACACUGCCGAGGAACUCCGGCCACUAUAUGUAUCUACUGGUUCUGCUGUUCCCUCUCCGCGAUCAAAUACUUCUGGUGCCACAACUAUGGACUUUGCUGCAGCCAUGAACCUCCUACCUGGCUCCCCUUCAUCAGUAUCUGUUAUGUCCCCUUCACCAUUCACUCCACCAAUGUCUCCAUCUGCUAAUGGCAUGUCACACUCUGCCUGGCCCCAACCCAAUGUCCCAGCCUUGCAUCUACCGGGAAGCAAUCUUCAGUCCAGUCGCCUGAGAUCUUCCCUCAAUGCAAGAGACAUUCCUGCAGAGGACUUUGAUAUGUUUCCAGAUUUUGAUUUGCAGCAACAGCAGCUCUUAAAUGAGUUUCCUUGCUUCUGUCAACCAUCUAUGAGUUCUAAUUCUCUGAAUCGUUCUGGUCGGUUUAAAACACUAACCCCUUCAAAUCUUGAUGAUCUAUUUUCUGCUGAGAGUUCAUCUCCUCGGUAUGCGGAUCAAGCAUUGGCUUCAGCUGUUUUCUCCCCAACACACAAAUCAGCAGUUCUUAAUCAAUUUCAGCAGCAGAGCAUGUUGUCCCCAAUAAAUACAAACUACUCCCCGAAAAAUGUUGAUCAUCAUUUAUUGCAGUCCUCCUAUGCUGUUCCGACAUCAGGGAGGAUGUCUCCCCGAAGCGUGGAACCUAUAUCACCAAUGAGCUCUCGGUUGUCCAUGUUAGCUCAACGUGAGAAGCAGCAACAGUUUCGCAGCCUCAGCUCACGAGAACUUGGCUCGAGCUCUGCUUCCAUUGUUGGAUCCCCUGUAAAUUCUUGGUCUAAGUGGGGAUCCUCAAAUGGUAAGCUGGAUUGGGCUGUUAGUACAGACGAGUUAGGUAAGCUCCGCAGGUCAUCUUCAUUUGAGCUUGGGAACAAUGGAGAGGAGCCGGAUCUAUCAUGGGUUCAAUCGCUUGUCAAAGAAUCUCCAACUGAUAUAAAAGAAAAGCUAGCAACGCCUGUCUCAGAUGUUGCUGCUACUGUGUCGACUGGUGAGGGUCCAACUAGGACCUCGCAAAUUGAAUCGGUUGAUCAUGCUGUGUUGGGAGCAUGGCUCGAACAAAUGCAGCUUGAUCAUCUUGUGGCUCAGCAAAAUUGAAGUCAUUUUAACCGAGCCCUGAGGUAGUUAACAACAGAUUUUAGUAAAUAACAAGUGCCUUUUCCAGAUUUUGUUGGCGGUUGAGUAUGAGAAGAAGGUAACGGCAACAAAGGAAGAAAGCAAGGGAGAAAUUCGAAAAAAGGUGGAAAAAAGAUUCAUUUUCGCCAUUUAUUACAACAGAAAUUAGAUAGGGUGAGAAACCGUCUGGGUUACAUUCAGAAGAAUGAACCCAGUAUGGGUGUUUCUUUUUGUCUUCCAAAUUUUAGGCGUAUAUUUCUGUCAUUUUUUUCCCAUCAAGAGAACCGUAUUCGAUUGGAAUGAAAACCAUAUUCUAUGUUC